CGUGCACGCGCCAAGCCAAGCCAGUACGUACAUGUGUCGCAGAUUUUAAAACUCAGAAAGAGCUGCAACAGCAGCAGACCUGAGGCUGCACCAAGAGUACCAGAGGGCUUAAUUCCUAAAAAAGAAAAGAGCACUCCAAGAGUGUGCGCAGUAUAGUUAACUGAUAUUUCAUCACCUGAAGAGAAAUACGGGGAGAGAUUAGAAACUGUUUGCUGCACUGGAUGAUCUCAUGAACAUGGAGCUGUCAUCAAUAGGAGAGCAAGUGUUUGCUGUGGAGUCAAUCACGAAAAAGAGGAUAAGAAAGGGAAAUGUGGAAUAUCUGCUAAAGUGGCAAGGGUGGGCACCUAAGUACAGCACUUGGGAACCAGAGGACAAUAUACUGGACCCUCGUCUUGUCCUCGCCUAUGAAGAAAAAGAGGAGAAGGAAAGAGCUCUGGCUUAUAAGAGGAAAGGCUUGAGACCUCGUCGAGUCAUUCUGCGGAGCAUCUACCCAAUGGACCUACGAAGUAAACACAAGGUUCCAGAUAAACCUAUCCCGAGAAUCCGCCUGUCACUCACCCGCUCCAUGGGGACGGAAAUUGAUCAGAAUGGGCGGCACUACCGUCCCAUAGAGAAAUACAAGAACAGGCAGUGCAGGUCCAAGCUCAUGAGUGACAUCAAACUAUCCCAGCAUUCACCUCCUGCAAAAGACUCAGAGAAAGAAUGGGAUGGAGACGAUGAAGAUGAGCAGAAGAAAAAAGUGAUUAUGAUGCUUGAAAACGAAGAUAAAACAACAGAAGUGCACCAGGACAUUCCAAGUAGUCAAGAGACAAUGGACGGGUACAGCUCUUCGGCAGAACAUGAAGCUGUUAUCAUCAUCAAGGAAACUGAGAACUGCUCUUCCAUUUAUGACCAUGCUGAGAAGCCAAGCGAGGAUUCAAGUCAAGUUUUAGGAGCAACAGAAACCAGUCCAAUCUCUAACACACAAGAGAACGAGCCAGUUACAAACACUACAGGAGGUGAGGACUCCAUACGGGUAUCACAUGACACAACAAACACUGACCAUUCACUUCACAACAGCACAGAGUCAGGAGCCAAGCAAGGUGUGCUUGACAAAGUACAGAACAGACCUUCGGUUAUCGAGGUACAUUCAAGCACUAAAUGUAGACAGGAAGAGGUAGACCGUUCAGAGGCCAAAGAAAAGGAAGAAAUGGAUGGUGAUAUUACAGCAGAACACACGUUAUUACAGGUCCCAACUGACCAAUCACAGACUCCCUCCACCACCACAGUGCAUCCUGGGAAAGUCACUGUGACUCAGGUGACGAUAAAUUCCUUGACCGUCACCUUUAAAGAGGCCAUGAGUGCAGAAGGCUUUUUUGGUGGCGAUGAGCUUGAGAUAUAAGUUGACAAAGGAACCCAAGAACAUACAAUAGAUUUAUGUACAAUUAGUCAGGAACAAGUGAAUAAUACAGUUUUUAGUAGUGAAGCAGAUAUUGUCUAAACAAGGUUAAGACGAGUUUAUCCUUGUGUCAUUGUGGUAAAAUAACCUUUGAAGGACAACAUUUCUGAUUAUACUCAGUGAUGCUGUAUGCAAAGACUUUAAGCAUGUAAAGCAAAUCUUUGUAUCUGUACCACUACCUUUCCAUCAGCAGCAGUCAUUGACAUGACAUAAUGAGAGGAAACUGUUUUUCAGUUCCGACUUGAAGACAAAACACUGUUACAUCACCUCUUUUGUCCUGUAAACAACCAGGUGGGAAAAUGAAAGGCCACCUGGCUUUGUCUCCAUAUCUCCACCUGAGCUGUCUUCACUGUUUGGAUGCCUUUGUGCAUUUUUAAAGAGACAGUUUUGGUUUACAUUCACAACUGUUACAGUGGAUGCUUUUGUAGGGGUAGAUCCUGUUCAUCUGAACACAUGUGCUUUAGGUGUGCUUUUAGCAUGGCAGAAAUCAAAGCUGAGCCUAAACUACAUGUUUUGGUCAUAGUGCUAGUUGAACAUGGCUUGUAAGCUCUGUUGUUGCUCUCACGUGACAACUACACUUUCUUUUGCUUGUAUUUACAGCAAAUAAAUGUACAAAUAAAGUUGUGAUUUUAAGUCA